UUUCAGAAAAAUGAAUCGUCAUGGAUGAAAAUGAAAUCCAGGAACUAAAUAUUCCUCCUCCUCAAUUGGAGAGGGUUCUUCAUCUGUUCAAUAUGGACGAGGACGAGGUAGAGCACAUCCAGGGUCUCAUGCUCAGGAUUGGUCUACAUGAAACCAACCUCACCAAGGCUCUGCUCAGAGGAGAUUACUCCAUAGCUGAGAAGAUUAUUGAUGAGACUAGAGAUCCGGACUUUUUGAAUGAUGGAGCUCUUCAAGCAACUCCUUUGAACAUAGUCCUUAGUGGACCUAGUGGUCCUUACCAACAACCCAGGAACCUGCGCAUAGCAAAGUUACUACUGGAGAAAGGUGGCAAUCCUAACCUUCGUAUUCCGAACCAUGAUAUGGAAAGUGCUAACGAGUCUCCUCUUGAACUUCUACUCUGUUACUACCUGAGACUGAUCCAUGUAUUCGGUCUACCUGGGACCGGAGUAACAUCUACUCCGUCCCGAGCAGAGGAAAUAGAAUUGAUAGAUAGUGUCGGAAUAAACGGAGAACUCAAGAGUCUCACUCCGCAGACUAUUACAAGACAGACAAGGGAAUUAUUAUACUUCUGCUUGGAACGAGGAGGGGAUCCUAACCUACCAACUACUGAAGCAGCUAAAACUAUUUAUCAUCUAGCUGUAGUAGCUCCGGUUGUAGAUCAAGAUCUGCUCCAAAGGAUGCUGGAGUUGGGAGCUAACGUGAACCAUGCUGAUGUACACAACACCACUCCGCUCAUGGACAUCAUUAACUUGGGGGUGGAGAAGAGGAGCCUGGAGGAGCUCGAGAGGUUGGAGAAGAACGGACGCCUUCCUUUGCUGGAUAUACAGAACUGUAGUCUACAGUCGACACUAUUUAGAGCAGCAUUUAAGGGUCAGGGUAAGGUUGUGAUGAAGCUCCUAGAUUUGGGAGCUUCUCCGGGUUUAUCAGCGCGUGCUGCGCCCAGGAUCCGUCCCCGUCUUCUCCAAACCCAAUAUGUGAAGAAGUUGAGCGGAAUCCCUCCCCUGCUCUCCCCUCUCCUAGGGAACUCUCCGUGUACCUCCAACCUUCACGUCCAAAUACCCCGCCGGUCAGCGCGCUACCAGGAGGAUCCUCCUGAGUUCCAGGUUUCACUCUCAGAUCAUGUCAUUAGGACGAAGAUAUCUCCAUUAGUCGACAGUGGCAAGUUUGUAGAUAAAACAGUUACGGAGAAACUAUUUGCUCUGACAACCUACUUCACAGAUCAUAAAAGGGUUGCUAACUCCAAGUGUGUAGACGCUAACGCUGUAACUCAUUUACUCUACGGCCAAACAACUGCAGGAUUGAGACAGUUAGCUGUGAGAGCAAUUCUCAGACACGCUCUUUUCUCUUCCACUCCUCAGGUGACUGUUGAGAAGCUGAACCGAGUGUGUGAGAAGAGAGGGUUCACCUGGUUUCGUCUCAUGAUCCCACCAAGUGUGAUCAGUGUUUCAGGUGCAAUGCUUGCCCAUGAUUUCAUUCUUGAGACUGGAAACGAGCUCGAACUCAGUUUCGAGGCUGGCCGAGGGGAAAAUGAAGGAAGUCGAGUUGGGCAGGACCUCGACCUCGAGGACGAGUUCCAAGUAGAUGAGGAUCCUCGGUCCUCCGAUGAUUUAUUGGAUUCCGAGAAUACUGAAGAUCCAGAGACAUUUUCUAACUCUGAGAUAAUAUCUCCCAGUGAUACAGAUUCAUUGUCUACAGAAGGUCGGACACUGAACCCCGGGGUUAUUGACGGUAUUUCCCUCAACUACAGUAAUCUGGCGUGUGGUAUAUCCGCCGGGGCGAGCAGUUUAUCCGCCGGAGCCAGUAGUUUCUCAGCCCUGGCUUCAAGCGGAUUAUCCCGUCUAGCGAGUGGAAUAUCUCACGCUGCAAGUGAUAUCUCGAGCAGUGCAAGAUCUGGUUCCGUGACAAUGAAAGAAUCCUUUAGCUCCAGUAAAAACCCUGAGUGUGGCAGGUUGGAUUGUUCAGGUUUACUGGAACCUGAUGAUUCGGAGGACUAUUUUCUGGAUGCUGAGACAGAAUUGGAUAUGUUAGACCGAGAACUUGUUGGAUUGAAAUUUCAGGGUGAAUUAGAUUCGUUUGAUCGUCAAUGUGCAGACUGGGACAGGAGAUUUCAAUCCAUCUCUAGCUCCGUGUUUGAACCUCAACUCAAACCUGCAUCUCCGAUACAGCCUCUGGUUAGUUCAGAUUCUACCCCUGUAGUUGAUCCUAGUAUAGCGGCGCUAAGUGAGAAGAUAAGAAGGAUGAGGGAGAGAAUGCUGGCGGAGCACGAUUCCUUGGAUCAGGAUUUCGUGAGGCUAAAGUUGAAAGAAAGAGUAUCUCCUGAUCCUGACAGAGAUCUGGAAGUUCAUCAGGAAUUCCUGGAGGAGACAGACGAAUAUUUGACCGGAAUACGAGAUUGGUGUGAAAAGAACGGGAUGAGUUCUCUGGAUUCGAAAUUAUCUGACGUCAGUGUUCAGCCGAGGUCCACGGAUACCGGAGGGGAGGUCCGUUUGAGGAUUGAUGAAAACUGGUCGUUAGGAACCUCUAGGGCUUUAGAGGAUAGCGAGGUUGUAAACAUGCCUUUGGAAGUUGGGUUUAGUAAUUUAGAAGGGUUUGAUCCUUCAAAAAGGAAAGAAAGGGGUGAUAUAUCAGUAAACCACACUGAAGAGCUAGUUAGAACUUUAAAUGUAGUUUUUGGAAACCCAACAACAUCUGAUCCUUCAGUCUCACGUGCGGAACGAAACGUCGAACUUUCUUCCUUAAAGAACCGUACACCUGUUCCGCCUGUGAGUCCAGAUAUACACGACCCCAACAAGUUCCAUGAUACACAAAAUGAUCUCAGCACUCCAGACGAACCAUUUGACCUGAAUCUGAUUGCUCCGGAGGCGAAUCUGUCUCAAGGAGUUCCUACUCGUCGGCUUGAAAGUGUAACGGAAGAGGAUGAAGAUGAGGACGGAGUGUACACUACUCCGGACUCAACCAUCAGUGAUAUUGUUCCAGAUCUCGCCCAGGAGUCAUCAGAUUCUGACUCGGAUACAUGGGGUGGAACCUUUAGUCUACGUCAUAUAUGUUGCAGGAAAGAUUCUGUGGACGAAAGCUUAGUAACGGAGAGUACUGUUGUGUCCCGUCUCAAUGUUCGUGUUCUUGAUGCUCUCAACGAUGAACUCGGAGUUCCAACCUCACUACGGCCUUGCUUCUCAUUGGAGGCGGCGAAACUACAGAUCUCUCUUCUACUCUUCAACCAUCAGUCAAUUGUUUGUGAUAGAAACUGUGAAGGUGAUGAAUCUGAUAAUGAUGAUGAAGAUGAUGAGGACGAGGAUGAUGAGGAUUUCUGGGAGACGGAUGAGGAGGUUCAUCAUAACGCAGGAAGGGCUCUUAGUGACUCAACCCGGUCCAUAGACAGGUUAAGCCUGGAGUCAGGUUCUACUAGUUCCUCUAGUGGAAACCUAUCCGUCCUAUCAAACUUUGGUUCAAGUCAUGAGGAUACUGAUACAGUUGUUAGAAUUCCCUCCCGUCUCAGCUCAUGGGACAGUGACAGCACAAGGGACGAAGGUCGAGGUGGAGAUGGAGGUCGUCUUUCAAGAUCCUCGGAUUCAGACUGGUUGGAGGAUUCGGAGGGUAUGAUCCGCCUCCGACACUUUUUAGCAGGACCUCCACCUCCUGAUUGGGAACAUUCCACCUCCAGUGAUUCUGACGAUUAGUCAUGCUGAACUUGGAGGAUUUGUCACGCACUUUUAGGAUUAAUCAGUAAACAUGAGCCAUUGAAACUUCGUGACGUCUCUACUGCUGACAUAAUCUCAUAAAAAAUUAUUUAUUUAUGAAAGUUUUCAAUGAAUGGUGUUGUUCCAGUGUUAAAAAUAUUGAGAUUUUUAUUAUGAUAUUCUACUAUAUUAUCUAUGAUACUUAAACCGGCCAUCACAGGAGAAACGAAGAGUUUUUGACUGUCAAGAAUCCAACUUAUUGCUAAGAAAUAAACACACAAAUACAGAGUAGUAUUCACCUGAAUACAGAGUAGUAUCCACCUAAAUACAGAGUAGUAUCCACCUAAAUACAGAGUAGUAUCCACCUAAAUACAGAGUAGUAUCCACCUGAAUACAGAGUAGUAUUCACCUGAAUACAGAGUAGUAUCCACCUAAAUAUUGUGUAGUAUCUAUCUACAUACCAAGAAGUAUCUACUUAAAUAGCGAGUAGUAUCCACCUAAAUAAUUAGUUGUAUUCACCCAAAUAUCGAAUAGUAUCCACCUAAAUAUCGAAUAGUAUCCACCUAAAUACUGAAUAUUAUCCACAUACAUACCAAGUAGCAUCAACCUAAAUUAUAAUAGCGAGUAGUAUCUACCUAAAUACUCAGUUGUAUCCACCCAAAUACCAAAUUUAUCAACUUAAAUACCAAAUAGUAUCCACCUAAAUACCGAAUAGUAUCCACCUAAAUACUGAAUAGUAUCCACCUACAUACCAAUAUCCACCUAAAUACUGAGUAGUAUCCACCUAAAUACAGAGUAGUAUCCAGCCAAAAACUGAGCAGAAUCCAUCCCUAUAACGAGAAGUAUCCACAUUCCACUUAAAUACUUUUCCUUAAAAGUUUCCUAGAAACGACUUUUCCAUCGUUAUUUCAAGAAAUUAUAAUGGUUACUUUGUGAAUCGUGUUUAUUAAAAUAUACUUAAUGUCUGUAU